AUGUCUGCGGAACCGUCUUCGACCACCGCUUUGCAGUCUGCGAUUUGCUCCUGUGUCUCCCGGACAGACAUCAAGACAGCAUUCCACUCGCGCGCGAGCAUGUCGUCCAUCUGCCUCGCCCGCGCGCUGACGAUGACCAACCCUCGCCAAACCCGGUCAGCUGUAAGCACUCUACGGCGCGGCAAGAGACGGCCACCGCCGGGGACGACGAAACAACCCGCCGCUUAUGCGCAAUAUACAUACCGAGCGCUGUGGUGGGGUGCUGCGACGGCCAGCAACAUUGACUGCUCCCGGCCAGGUCAGCUCACAGUGCACGACAAUUAUCAGCAGAAGCACACACAGCGCACCUGA